AUGAGCAAUCAAGGAGUAAUCGGAAAUAACGGGAAGGAGAAGCAAACUACGGGGCAAACGCUCGAAAUCGAGGAUGAGGAGAAAAGACAGGAUCGGAUGCAUGAACUGCUGAUGCGCCUGAACUCCUCAUCCGGCGCAAGGAGCACCUUCGCCAGUGACCUAAGAUUACCAAGGCUCGGCGAGGACACGCCGUUCGAAAUGCCACCUCCCUCUGAUCUCCUAUCUCGGGUCCAGUCGUUUCUCCCCCAGCUAGCCGCAUCGAAUGCAGAGCUUCUCCGUCGAGCGCAAGAGGACCCUAACAGCGUCGAUAUCGAAAACGUCGAGAACGAUGAGCGGUACAUCGAGAUGAAUCUGGGGCUAGGCGUCUUCGAACAACGCGGAGAGCCAGUACCGGGACAGACCUUCGAUGCCGAACUGCAAGAGUCGCACUCAUCGUCCUCCUCGAUAUCAUCUGAAUCCAGCGCUAGCUCAGACUCGGACUCGGACUCGAGCAGCUCCUCAUCGUCAAGCUCGGAUUCUGACUCAAGCUCAGACUCCAGCUCGGAGGAUGAAGCUAAGUCUGAUGUAGACAUGCACGACCCGGUGCCCCUUAGAAGACCGCUGAAGCCACUCCCGAAGCGGCAGAACCAUUCGCGCCCCAGGAUUGUUGUCUUGGACGAGCAGCCAUCUGCGGAUGCAAACGUAAAGAAAUGA